AAUUGGUGGAACUUGGCUUCUGCUCUGUUUCCUAGUGAAAAUGAAACUUGUAACCUUGUCUUUUAGUAUUUCAGAUUUCAAUAAAACACUUCAACGGCUAAGUCAGUCAUCUCUCAUGCAGUGUAAUGAAAUAAACCAGAGUGUAGUCAACUGUAUUUUUAUAAUAGAACUGGAGAAAGAAAUGAAUAUAAGCAACAUAGUAUCAGAGUUAGAAGAAAAAACAGAACUGAAUCUAAUCGAAUCUUGCUGCUGUUCCAUGCAGCCUUUUUCUUGUCCAAAUGCCCAAGAGUUGCGCCGUUUUCAGUGUGAUAUUCAUGAACCAGUUGCCUGUAGUGGUCAUGGUACUCCUGACUCUCCAGUUUCACCUGUAGGUCCUUCCUCUUUUACAAUGCAGCAUGAAGACUUUUCCUCUGAAUUGUCCUUUGAAUCAACAACUGUUUUGCCACCUCCUUUCACUGAGCCUGCAACAAUAAAUAUUUCUACUAUAAAUGUUACUCGUAAUCCUUUAAUUGAGCUUUCUUCUGGAUUUCCUACAAAGUCAACCAAUAUAUUUGUUCCUUCAACCUUGGUUGAAACAAUUAAUUCAGAUUUUGCAAACCAUUCUAUCCAGCCUAUUAGUACUUUUCCAGACGUUUAUCCCACAACAUCUACAAUAUCUAAUGCUCAGCACUCAACAUCAAUUUCUUCAGCCAUCAUGUCCACGUCUUCUUCCAUGAUCUACACUAAUGAUAUUGGAGGACCAAGUAAAAAAAGCACAGAGCAAAUCUCUCAUAAUAAUUCAAGCAUUACGAAUAGUAUUGAUACCUCCAAUGUCAACAGCAUUGUUUCGGAGCUUGAAGGCUACUUAACUGCAGAAACAAUAGCACCAUCUCUUGGACAGUCGAUGCUGGAAAGAGUUAGCUUCCUUCUAAGCAUGCCCCAAUCACAAAUAUAUCCAAUGUCUAAAAGAAUAAUAAAAAUAGUGGAUGUGAUUGGAUUAAAAUUGAAAUUCUCAACAACAUCCAUUAAUCUUACCACUCCUACUUUGGCUCUGGCUGUCCUGAAAGUCAACAGCAGCUCUUUUAGCAAAGUUUCUUUUGCUGUUCAACAUUCCUCAGGUCUUGAGGCUACCCUUGGAAUUGAAGUGCCAUCAAGUAUUAUUGGAGCCAUUACACUUCCAUCUUCAAUAAUGGCAGAAUUGUCACCUCAAGAUAAGCAUAUAACUUCUAGAAUUACAUUUAACUUCUUUAAAAAAACAACUCUAUUCCAGGAUUCUACACUGAAAAAUUUGUCUUUGUUCAGUUAUGUUAUAUCAUCAAGUAUUGCUAACUUUUCAGUCAACAACUUGAAGACAAAUGUAACUGUCACGCUACAAAAUAUCAGGCCUAAUCAGGAGAAUUUUACUUUAAGAUGUGCCUUCUGGGAUUUCAAUAAAAAUGGUGGCCAAGGCAGUUGGAAUUCUGAAGGUUGUGUGCUAAAAGAAAGAACAAUGAAUGAAACCAUCUGUAACUGCAAUCACCUGACAAGUUUUGGCAUAUUACUGGAUUUAUCAAGAAACCCCACUAUAUCUCCAGUUCAAGUGCUAAUUCUAACUUUCAUCACCUACAUAGGUUGUGGACUUUCAGCUAUUUUUCUUUCUGUGACUCUUGUUACCUACAUUGCAUUUGAGAAAAUCCGAAGAGACUACCCAUCUAAAAUUCUUAUCCAGUUCUGCAUUGCGCUGCUUCUUCUAAACCUCAUUUUUCUGCUGGAUUCCUGGACUGCUCUGUAUGAGAGCCAGGGGUUACCAGCUACAGUAGUAACUAUUGUACUAGCAGUAUCUCCAUAUAACUAUGGGCUUGGAUCAUAUGGAAAAUUUCCUAAUGGCUCAUCUGAUGAAUUCUGCUGGAUUAAGAAUGACAUUGUAUUUUACAUCACAGUUGUGGGAUACUUCUGUACAAUAUUCUUGCUGAACAUCAGUAUGUUCAUAGUAGUACUGAUUCAGCUUUGUAGAAUCAAAAAGAAGAAGCAGCUUGGUACCCAGAGGAAAACUAGUAUACAAGAUCUCAGAAGUGUUGCUGGCCUUACAUUCUUAUUGGGAAUUACUUGGGGAUUUGCUUUUUUUGCAUGGGAUCCUGUAAAUCUUAUUUUUAUGUAUCUCUUUGCAGUUUUUAAUACUUUGCAAGGAUUUUUCAUUUUUGUUUUUUACUGUAUUGCAAAGGAGAAUGUUCGCAAACAGUGGAGAAGGUAUUUGUGUUGUGGCAAAUACCGGCUGGCUGAAAAUUCAGACUGGAGUAGAACUGCUACUAAUGGCUUAAGGAAGCAGAAUAUUAACCAAGGUGUAUCCAAUUCUUCACAUUCUUUACAAUUCAACAGUAACUCUACUAAUUCCACAUCGAUGCUAAUGAGCAAUGAUUCUUCUGUGCACUCAAAUGGUAAUGAAAAUAUAUCUCGGAGAAAAAAUGGUGUUUCUUUCCAUGUACAGAAUAGUGAUGUGCAGCUUCCUGAGUUUCCAGUAAAACAGCAUGUCUUUCAUGUAAACAAUGAUAUAUCCCAUAAAAAGUCUUGCAUUUCACUGAGGAGGACUUCCGAAAAAAAGAGCCUGCAAUUUAUGGAACCAUUAUGACUUUUAAAAUAUUUUCCAUUAUUUUACCAAGUAAUAUACAGGUUUAUUUUAACUGUUACACAUAAUGUGAGAAAAAGUCAUUAAUGUACAGGAGCAAAACUUCAACUUUGGGGUCAAAAAUUCUAUAUUUCCCCUUUUUAAUACCAUUGAUAGAUAUUAACAACAUAUGAUAAAAAUAGCUUUGUGGCUGCAAAACAUGAACAACUGCAUAUUUGCUCCUUCCCCACCCCAAAAUUUGAGUUUUAAAAGUUUUUUAUAUACUUGACUGAGUUACAAAUAGCUCAAACUAUAAUGCAAUAAUGCUAUGUUAAAACAGAUACAAAUAAGCUAAAGUCUGAAAAAGAUGCAAAUACUAACUUUCUGAAUAAUGUUCGUGGCAUUAUAACUUCCUUUUAUCAGGAUGUGGUCAGACAUAUUUUUAUAGAGAGAAAACUGUCUGUCUUUUGGUUAUCCAAUAAAUUUAUAUUGAUUUCUAAUUCAUUGUUAAUAUUCCUUUGUAUAAAAAUAAGUUUGUACUUUUGAAGUUUUACUGUAAUUAGUGUACAAACAUGAAUUGCUUUAUUAUUCUGGCAUACAACCAUUUGUAUCUAUCUGUAAAUAACUUUAAAAUGGUAACGUUAAAUAAACCAUCUAACUGUAAAUAUGA